AUGUCCAUUAUUUACCCCAUUUUACCUGUGAUUAAGGAUUCAACUACAACGCCCAUUCGUAUUGUAUUUGAUGCAAGUGCCCGGAUGGACAAGCAGGCCCCUAGCCUGAAUGAUUGCUUAUACUCUGGCCCAUCCUUGACUAGUCAUUUAACCGACUUGUUGUUGAAAUUCCGUCUCGACCCAUUUGCGGUAUCGGCAGACAUCAGCAAAGCCUUCUUACGGGUAGGUCUCCAACCUAGGGAUCGUGAUUAUACACGUUUCAUUUGGCUAAAAGAUCUUAACAAUGAAAAGGACCUUCAAGCCUAUAGGUUUAGAUCAGUUCUCUUUGGAGCCACCUGCUCGCCUUUUUUACUCCAGUCAACCUUGCAACAUCACUUUGAAACCUACCCCACUUCACCUGAAGUUAGUUUCCUCAUGACCAAAUUUUAUGUGGACAACUUAAGUGGUUCCUUACCACAACAGUCAGUCUCUACAGCCUUUACAAGGUUGCAAAGGAAGUCCUGUCAGAUGCCGGAAUGCCUUUAA